CCAUUCUCACGAAGAGCUUAUCUUCUUCUCUCAUAUACGCUGCUGCUGACUCCACCUCCCAGAUGAUUACAAUGUCACCUUCAGAUUCCUUAGAUAUAAUAAGGACGUUGCGAAUGGCGAGCUUUGGGCUAAUUAUUUUGGGACCAGCUCAACAUGUGUGGUUUAACUUUCUGGGAAGGAUAUUGCCAAGACAAGAUGUGGUUACUUCGCUGAAGAAAUUGGUGAUGGGGCAGCUUGUUCUUGGACCAUUUAUUACUGGGACAUUCUUCUCUUUCAAUGCCGGUUUGCAAGGUGAAAGUGGAAACGAGAUUGCUGCAAGAUUGAAGCGUGAUCUACUGCCAACACUGAUGAAUGGUCUCAUGUUUUGGCCACUAUGUGAUUUCUUGACAUACAAAGCAAUUCCAGUACAUUUACAGCCAUUGAUGAACAGUUCAUUUGCAUAUUUAUGGACCAUUUACCUAACGUACAUGGCAAGUUUGAAGAAAGCAGCUACAGAUUAGUUUGAUCACAAUUCGAAUUUCAAGUCAGAUGUGGAAUUGGGUGGUUAUCCUUUGUCUGGUUCAGCCUGUGAAUAGAGUAUCAUUUAGUGCCAGUUACUUGAUUUAUCCACCUUUACUAUCAGUAAGAUGGAAAGAUUUUGCUAUGCUAUGUUCUUUGAUCUCAUUUCAUUUGUUGAUUACACAAUUCAUUUGCAAACCCCUUUAUUGUCCUUCAAACAUUUCUUCUGCAUAACCAUAGUACUAAGCCAUAAUAUACUAAGCUAGUUUCUACAGAAUUAGCUUUCUAAUUUGCAAUUAAUUAAUUUGCUUCGUAAGAAUCAUUCAUCCGAUUAA